AUGAGCUCGCGUUCAGAGGAUUCCCUUCCUCUGAAGCGAAACUGCGCCACUUCUUGUGGGCGGGUCUCUCAUGAGGUGGGAGGGUCGGGUCUUGCCCACCCGAACUCUUCGCAUUCGUCUUUUCACGAUAAGGAGGAGGCCGGUGGGGUGCGAUGGGAGGAUAGCUUCGAGUACCUGGAAUACAAACCCAAGAGCUUCCCUGGUAGUAAAUACCACUGGACAGACUUAGUGCCGUCGUACAGCUACCUUGAAAACGACUUUUAUGACCGCUCGGGAACGCAAAACCUCAACUUUCUCGCGAUUGGACACGCCCCAGAAAUUCGGCGUGAGCCGGAGGAGAUGAAAUCCAUCAACUCCGGUGUUGGCAUGCUCACUUCAUCGCCGAUGAGUAAUGACCCCAACAAGAGGUUAUCAAAGGCCGUGGAUCGGUUUCGAAGCGUUUUUAGUGAGGAGCUACGCACGAAACGGAGUUCUAAAUUGCAGAAGCUAGCUUUCUCGCCGUUAGAGCAGCAAGAGUGGUAUAUUGAUGAGAAGUUAGUUCGUUCAGAAGCUUCUAAAGUAGAGUUCAUGAACGAGUUGACUCGGUGGAACUUCAAGGAUCUCGACUAG